AUUUGAGAGAUAAGGCUUGCGAUUCUACGUCCCACGGCUCCGAAUAAACUGAUAACAUCCCUCAAGUACACCCUCCCAUCAAAAAGAGCGCCCGCAGUUCGCUCAUUAGUGUGGAGGAGGACGAGGAGGAGGUGUCUAAGGAAGGUGGCACUCAUUGUAUCCAAUUAAAUGGCCACUUGUCGUCUGGGGCGUAAAUUACACCAAUAGUCGGAAGAAAAAAAAAAAACAUUACGCCGACUGGGAAACCAUGUUUCGUCCACAGCUGAACCCGUCCCAAAACAUUCGGGAAAAGAUGCGGCUCUUCGAGCAAGAUGGCAGCUUAGACGACGAGUUCCACUAUCGUUCGCACCCGCUUCAUCAUAGAAGAAGAUACUCAGAUAACAGCAACGACUCAUCGUACGGCUUCACGAGAGGAGCUGGUGCUGGGAGUGGUGGUGGACAGUAUCAGAACCGGAACCACGAAGCGGAUUCAUACCCUAGAAUGAUGCCACCGAUCAACCAUUCGCAGGGCGUCAUGACCGACUCGCAAGGGUUGAUCGUGCCGAAGAAGCUGGCCAACCCCUGCCUCGAAUCGAUGGACCGACAGAACCUGCACCGGGAGCUCAUGUUCAACCAGAAGAUGGGCAAAAGCGUGCUGAAUCAGAAGUCGGAGCUACAACAGGCGCUCGAGAAGCAAAAGGAGCGCCAGGUGCUAGCCGCCCAGAACCUCGCCAAACAGCAAGCCCAGGAGCACACCAUCUCCAACGAGCUCGGCCGGGUGAUAAUGCAGCGGGCGGCACGUCUCGAACAGAAGAACCUCGCCGCAGCGGCCGCCGGCUCCCAACAGGAUCAGCCGGAUUCCAUCAACCCGGAGUAUCUGAAUGCGCGUGCCAAGCUGCGCGCCACCCAAGCGGUUUACUCCAAGUAGAGUGCCGCACGGCGCCCAAAACCAGAUUAGUUGCGUUAAGGUUUAUUUUUUAGUAGAAAAACACCCACGAAAGUAAUUUUAGUGUUUUUAGUGUUUAAGUUUUAAACGUCUAGACAAGUGAUAAAUGAUAUCAAUGAUUUCCGUUCUGUUUGUUUUACGAAGGAGAUAAUCAAUCUGAUUAGCGAUUAUUUUAAACUAAUGAUGAAACAGAAGAGAUGCAACAGAAUAGUGGAACAGAACGUGCUCAAAGUUAGGAUCCGUUGCCAGCCUGGCGCAAAGGAUCUUUAAUCGGGAAUGAGUUCAAAACCAUACAUACAAAAACAAAAAAGCGAGAAAGGCGAAAUGCUUUAAGUAGUUCUAAUGAGUUAUUUUUGUAAUUCUUUUAUGCUUUAGAUAGAUCGAUCUGUUGAAUGUAUAUUUAGUAAGAUGAAGAAAAUUUAUGUUCUCUUAAACAAGGAGAAGGAUUUUGAAAGCAUACUAACUGUAGCAAAAUUGUGAUAACCAAACAAACAAAACACCGAGCACUCGUUGAAAGUAUCAUCAAACUAAGCAAAUCCUUUGAAUAUUCUUUUCUCACUGGUAAAAAAGAGUUGAAUGCAUCUUCUUCAGUUCUAAAAGGAACUCUUGUAAGCAUCAUAUUAAAUUACAUACCAUAUUCUGCUAGUGUUAAUGUGGUCUAGUUUGUAAUGUUGUAAUAGAGAAAGAGAAAAAACAAAAUACAAAAUCAAGUUAAAGAGACGGCCUUCGAAAAGGAGCUGAUUGAAAGUAUCGAUUGAACUGCUAAAUAGAGUAAGGCAUUACACACGAUUCACAUACUGACACAUUGGAAAAAUCUAGAAUUUACUGUAACAAACAGCAUUAAUCAUAUAGGAAUAUUCAAACCUCGGAAUUUCCCACUCGAAACAAAAGUAGAAGCAAUGUAAAGAAGUUAACAUAGACACGUGUCCCACUUAUGCGCCCCAAAAACCUCAUCUCCCAUCAAGAAUGGCAAACUUUACCACAAAUGAGUAGGACACCGAAUCACACCGAAAGACUUUUAGAAACCCGAAUUUGGCCUUGUUAGUAGAGAUUUGUAUUUAGAUGGAGAGACAGACAAUUUUCAUAUAUAGGAUAGAGCAACCAAUGUGCGACCACCAUAAACCACUACUUUUCCGCGUUCUCGUCUCAAACACCAUGAUAGUGCGAUGUUAAGCCCUAUCUGCAUACCAACUAUAACUAACUACACUAGUGUGAAUGUGUUUUUUCUGCUGGCAGUUCCAAGAAAGUUACGACAAAACCAGACAAAACAGUUUAUGCGUUACAUAAUUACUAAUUUUGCCAGUUAUAGUAUUUAGAGGCAAGCAUGGAAGGAAGUCUAUAACUUGAUCGUUUGUUGUGGUACAUAUUAUAUCCCACUACGGUACUACUUCACAACCAUACAACAGUCAAUGGGAUUAGUAGCAUUAAUAAUUCAAACAAACAGGAGUAACAACACUAUGCACUAAUUGAUAAUUACUAAUUUAACAACAAUUCAAGCUAGUUUGUAGAAUGUGUGUUUAGUGAUUGUGAUUUGGGUUGAUCGUAGUAUCAACCGCGGGAGUAUAACAGACGAAUUACUAAACACGGCCGGUGUGUAAGUGUAUUGUAGUGCAAAGCAGCUCUGAGGGGCUGAUGUCGGCAGUCCGUACAAGGAAAAAUAAACAUUUUAACUGAA